AUGAGUGAUAAAAAAUGGACAACACCUUUUCUGAGACAGUGCUUUGUGACGGCAGGCGUGUCCCUGAAUAUGGGCAGCCAUGGGUUCGCAGUCAGCUACGCGGCAGUGCUGCUCCCGCAACUAAGAAAACCGGAUUCCCAAAUAAAGAUUGACGAUUCCUCGGGAUCGUGGAUUGCUGCAACUAUCGGCAUCUCUGUAAUCGCAGGAAAUUUCAUUAUUCCAACCAUCAUGGGCAAGUUCGGCAGAAGGGUCGCAAUGAUCACCAGCAUUGUUCCAAUGGUUCUUGGCUGGGUAUGCAUCGCCAUGGCCGAAAGCAUUGCCAUCCUGAUCUUCGCUAGAGUUCUACAAGGCUUAGCCAUGGGCAUCGGCGGAUCACUAGGACCAAUAUUAAUAGGGGAAUACACCAGCCCUAGAAGCAGAGGAGCAUUUUUAACAACUAUAUCGUUAUCUAUUUCAAUCUCUGUUUUCACGGUUCAUACUUUAGGUUCUUAUCUAUCCUGGCAAACGACUGCCUUAGUUUGUGCUUUUAUUUCUAUAGUUGAUUUGGGUAUUGUUGUAUUUUCACCAGAGUCACCAGUUUGGUUAGCUGAUCAAGGGAGAUAUGGUGAUAGUAAGAUUGUAUUUCGAUGGCUUAGGGGAUAUAACGAAGAUGAUGAGUUAUUUAAAAUGAUUGAAGACAGAAAGUAUGUCGCACAAUUCAAAGAAAAUUUUAACGAUUCUUUGUGGCGAAAAGUCAAAAGAAGCAUCGUAUAUUUUAAAGUUACAAUUAAAAAGAAAGAAUUCUAUAAACCUAUCUUCAUAAUGCUACAUGUCUAUGCUUUGGGUCAGUGGUCUGGAGCUACAAUUUUAGUAAGUUACACUGUUGAUAUUUUUGAAAAUGUUGUAGGCAAUAUCGACUUUGCAUUGAUGUUAAUGAUUUUAGAUAUUCAACGUAUAAUUUCAAAUGUGUGUGCUGUUUUUAUUAUAAGAAGAUUAAGAAGAAGGACUUUGUUAUUUAUUACUGGUGGUAUAACUCUAACAGGGUUUGUUCUUACAACAUUGUAUACUUAUUUGAAAAGUAAAAAGUUGCUAUUUUUUGAUCAUCCUUCUAUAGGAGUAUUGUUAAUACACAUCUUAAUGUUUUCAGUUGCCACUGGUUCUUUGCCUUUGUCGUUCAUAUUUGCUGGAGAGUUAUUUCCUUUACAAUAUCGAAGUUUAGCUGGCGGAAUCAGUGUGGUAUUCUAUUCUAUAUGUUUAUUCCUAGCUUUAAAAACAUUUUCUUUCUUAAUUACAAGUUUAGCUAUUUACGGAGCUUUUUGUGUAUACUUUUUAUUGGUUUUAUAUUGUUUGACUGUACUGUGGUUUACUCUGCCAGAAACAAAAGAUAGGACGCUUCAAGAUAUUGAAGAGGAAUUUAGAGGGAAACCUUCACAUUGCGAUGGUGGCAAAUUGGAAAAUUUAUUACCUAAUAAAGACGAAAGUAGAUAG